UGGCAAAGCCGCUCUGCCUCUCUUUCAGGGCUGGCCCUGACUCUGAUGGGUGCCACGACUGACAAGGAUCCGCUGGUCCAGGAGCAGAUCUUCAGCGCCCUCUGCUGUCUGGGCAGGACAGAGCCCGAGGAGGUCUUGAAUGCUUGUGAGGAAUAUCUGCGGCAGCACGAGAAGCUGGCCCAUCUGCACCGGGUCAUCCUCCUGAGGGCCAUGGAAGCCGUGGUGAGGAGCAGCCUGGCUCAGCUGGACAGAAGCACAGCCGAGGUCGUCAUCUUCUUGGCGUCCAGCGAGAUGACCAAGUCUAAAGAGGCUCUUCCAGAGUGGCAGCAGGCUGCCAGCAGCGUCCUGGUUGCCGUUGGGAGGCGCUUCAUCAACCAGGUGAUGGAGGAGAUGCUGACCAAAUUCCAGCCGGGGGUCUUGCCUCACUGCUUUGUGGUGCUGACCUUUGCCAACCUUUCAGUGGCCAACGUUUUUGGGAUGGUCCCUUUCCUCAACUCCAUUCUGGGGACAAUGCUGCCUAUGCUGGCCAUGGCUAAGCAGGACAACAUGAAGUCCGUCUUUUGCUACGCUUUGCAGUACUUCAGCGAGAGCAUCCUGGAGUACCUGGCCAACCUGGACAAGGCGCCAGAUCCAACUGUGAGGCGAGACACCUUCUCCAGCGAAGUCUUCAGUGCCUACGAAAUCCUCUUCAACAGCUGGCUGCCGAGCCGGGAGACCAAGCUGAGGCUCGCUGUCGUGGAGGCCCUGGGUCCCAUGAGCCACCUGAUGCCCAGCGAGAAGCUGGAGGAGCAGCUCCCUCGCCUCGUCCCCGGCGUUCUGGCUCUGUACCGGAGGCCAGCAGAGGCCUACUACAUUUCCAAGAGCCUGUGCCAGAUCCUGGAAGCAUCGGUCAACAUCGGUAGCCGGACCCUAGAUACGCAGCUGGAAGUCCUCCUUGGGGCCCUCCACCUCCAGCUCUGUGCCCCUCUGGAUUCAUCCAUGCCCGUCCCACUGAAGAACCACAAUGAGGCCCUUCGCUGCUUCACUGUCUUAGCCACUUCAUUCCCUGACCGCUUACUUGGAUUUCUGCUUCCAAAGCUGGAGUCCAGCAACGAGAAGACGCGGGUGGCAACGCUGACUGUCCUGCGGCAGAUCAUCAACAGUGCCCCCUCUCAGAUGGAGACGAAGAAGCCAUUUCUUCUGUCUUCCUUGAAGCUCCCUCUGCAGGACCACAGCAAUAAGGUGAAGCGGGCUGUGGUGCAGAUGAUCAGCACCAUGGCCCACCACGGCUACCUGGAGCAGCCCGGCGGAGAAGCCCUGAUUGAGUUCCUUGUCCGCCAGUGCGCCCUUCCUGCUGACCAGGUCUCCCAGCAGCACUCCCUGGACCCAGAGGAGGUGACGGACGGCCAGGUCAGGAGCAUCAGCACCAGUACCCUCUUCCUCCUCAGCAGCACCGUGGACAGGAUGGUUGACGUGCUCUGGCCUUCCCUUCUGGGCUUUGUGACCCCCAUCCCCUUGGCCCACGCCUUGACCCCACUCUGCAGGAGCCUCCUCUCCCUGGCGACGCAGAAACAGGAGCAGGGAGACUCGGACCUGCAGCUCCUCUACGACCCUGGGGCAAACCUCCCGUCUCCCUACGCGUUAAUGGCAAGGUUGCUGAUCGCCGCUUCCCAGCCGUACGUGGGGGAGGGCCAGGGGACGGUGGCCCUGCGCCUGCUGCACAUCCUGCAGCACAGCAUCCACAGAGCAGCCGAGCAGCUGUGGGGCAAGAAGGUCCCUGCUUUACUGGAGCAUCUGGAAGCAAACACGGAGGCUUCCCUGUCUCUGAAGGAGUGGCAGGAACAGCUGCUUCAGUUCCUCCGGAAGACCCUGGCCACCAUUUCAGACACGCCCUGGAUUUCCCAGCUGGUCUUGGAAAUGUGCAGACAGCUGAAUGGCUACAGCAGCUUGUCCCCAGAGAAGAACUUCCUCUACAGAGCCAUUGGGGUCGGCCUGGCUGCGUGCACAAACAAGGGCUUGGUGCGGAAACAGCUUCAGGGGCUGCUGGAGACAGCUCGCUACCAGGAGGAGGCAGAGCGGGAGGGUCUGGCUGCCUGCCUGGGCUUGUGCGCUGUCACCCACCUGGAUGAGGCUCUGGCCAAGCUGGAGGAGUUUGUCAAGUCGGACGUUUUCAGAAAGUCUGCUGGCCUCUUCAGUAUCUUCAAGGACCGCAGCGACCACGAGGUUGAGAAGGUGAAGAGCACCCUCAUCUUGUGUUACGGCUACGUGGCCAAGCACGCGCCGAGAGAGCUGGUCCUGGCCCGAAUCGAUGCCGAUAUUCUCCGGAACAUCUUCCUCUACUUCAACACCAAGGUUCUGGGGAUAAAGGUGGAAACCAAGGAUAUGACCCUGAAGCUCUGCCUCAUCCGCAGCAUCUGCCUGAUCAGCCAGGCUGUCUGCAGCAGCGCCCAGUCGGGGGACUUCAGCUUCUCCCGCAAGGCAGAGGUGGUCGCGCAGAUGCUGGACUUCAUCAGAGCCGAGCCUCUGGACUCCUUGCGGACACCCAUCCGCCCGAGAGCCAUGACAGCUUGCAUGUACUUGGUCGUCCUGGAGCCCCCCCUGAGCGACGCCGAGAAGGUGGAGCUGGUGGAGACCUGCCUUCACAGCGUCCUCCCGCUUCCUCCGCCAGGCGUGCCGAAGGACGGAGAGGGGCCCCAGGCGGAGGACGGGCCGAAAGAGCCCCUGUGGUGCGCCACCCUCGCCGCUCUCAAGGACUUGCUCAAGGGCCUCCUGCACCGGCACAUGACCCCGCACGGCCUGCAGACCAUGUUUGAGCACCUGGGCCCCUGGAUCAAGUCUGCCAAAGAGCAUGAGCGCCAGCGGGCCGUGGAAGUCAGCGCCGCCCUCUUGCUGUUCUACCGGGAGAAGCUGAACGUCAGCAAGGUGGUCCCCUUCUACAACCUGGGGCUGCUGAUGGCUCUCUUCUCCCCCCGCUGCACCGACUCUCUGCCCAGCGUCCGCAAGCACGCAGUGGAUUGUGUCCAUUCCCUGCUUUACGUGCAGCUGUGCUACGAAGGCUUUUCCCAGGAUCACAGGGAUGAAUCGGUGGAGAAGCUGAAAGCCCUGAAGCCCAGCUUGGAGGAUCCAGAUGUGAACGUCCUCUUCCAGACGUGCUGCAACAUCGCCAAGGUCAUGGCCAAGCACUUACCCCCGGACCAGUUGCUGAGCCUCCUCCUCUCCAUGCUGGAGGGCCUGGCAGACGCAGACCAGAACUGCUCCCGAGCUGCUGCGGUGAUGAUCAACUCCAUCCUGAAGGAACGAGGGGGGGUUCUGCUGGAGAAGCCUGGCCUUUGCCUUCCCUCGCAGGUCCCGGAGCUCCUGGAUUUGAUCCAUGCCAAGCUGCAGGAGGUGCAGGAGGAGACGGUCCAGAAGGCGACCCAGCAGACGGUCUGCAUUCUGGCCGCCCAGCACAAAGCUGCGGUGGUGUCCAGUCUCCUCAGCCAUCCCCUCCCCUUGGACAGCUGCAGCUGCACCAUGUGGAGGGCGCUGGCUUCGGAGCCCACCCUCACCACCCACGUCCUGGAGCUGCUGCUGGACAAAGUGGACCGGGACGUCCCGUACAAAGAGAACAAGUCCUUCCUCCGGGGAAGUCGCUUGGAGCGGGUUGCCACCUUCCUGCCUCUGUCGGCCACGUGUGCUCUGCAUGAGAUCAUGUCUGUCCGGGAGUCUGGACCGGCCGUCGCGGGGCUGUACGCAGAGCUGUUUGUCUCUCUCCUGCUCCGGGUCAGCUGCACGGUGGGUGUCCAGCUCCCGAAGCACAUGCAGUCCAAGGAGAGGAAGAGCGUCAGCCGUGGGCAGCCCCUCCGCGCUCUCGACCCUUGCAGCUCUGCAAUCGAGACCCUCAAGGCCAUGCUGAGCCAGGGUGGCAGUGAGCAAGUGAGCAGUGCCAUAACAGAGGCCGGUGGCUGGGAACUGCUGCGAAGUCCGGAGAAGCACUACGAUGGUGUAGCCUUCCUGUCAAGGGCCAUGGCAAAGCACGCGGGGCCCAAACUCCCCCUGAUUGUGAAGAUGCUUUCACCGAUGCUGAACAGUAUCUAUGACAGCCAACGGCUCACCACCACGGCUUUCUUUGCAGAGCUCCUCAGCAGCAAUGUAGUAAAUGAUCUGGUUCUUCUGGAGUCCCUGAUGGACAGCAUGACAGCCCGGCAAAGAGACUCCUCUACGGUUGUGCGCAUGCUGGCCCUUCGUGGAUUGGGCAACAUUGCUUUGGGCUCACCAGAAAAGGCAAGGAAGCAUGGGGCUCAGCUCCUGGCUUCCAUGAUCAACAGCUUAGACGACAAGGACGAUCCCCACAACCUGGUUGCCUUGGAAGCCAUGUCUAGCCUCUCCAAGAUCCUGGGCUUCGUUGAGAAGAGAGACAUCCACUCUGUGCUGCUGCACGUCACCAUCAGAAUACGGCCUUUCUUUGACAGCGAGAAUCCCAGCCUCCGCAAGACAUCCACCAUCCUCUUUGGGAACCUGGCAAAGUUCAGCUCUGGGAGUGGUGAAGAUGCCUUUUUUGAGCAGAUCCUCAAUGGGCUGGUGACGCUGCUGCUGCACCUCCAGGACCCGAAGCCAGAGGUCAUCAAGGCCUGCAAGUUUGCGUUGCGCAUGUGUGGGCCCAUAAUGAGCUGCCCUGUGCUUUGUGAGAUGUUUCAGAAACAUCUGCAUGAAGAGUGGAGUCUCCACUACGGCGAGUUCAUGAAUGACGUCUGCAAACACCUGAUGCAGAGCUACCCAGACACGCUGAGUCGUUUGGUCAACAUCAAUCUCUUCUACUUCAAGAGCAACUGGGCUGACAUCCGAGCUGCUGCCCCCAUGUUUGUAGGCUUCCUGGUCCUCCACGUGGACAGAACGCAGAGCCAGCAGCUGGAUCUGGACGGACUUAUUGCUGCUCUCACCGUGCUGCUGAAGGACCCUGUGACCACGGUGCGGGUGAAGGCAGCGGAGACGCUGGGUCGCCUGGGCAGGGCCAUUUAAGGGCCCUUGGCGAUGGACUCCGCCAGAGGAAACAGGCUUACCUGGAUCCCCCCAGACCGGAUUUGCCGUCGCACCUCCCGGACAAGUCACGUCUUCCAGAGCAACACAACCUUCUCAUACUGGAACAUUUCCCCCCCCCUUAAAGAGAAGACCUGAGGUGUCUGCACCAUUCUGUGUUUCAAUGUUUUUUUCCACACCAGGGGACACACUGCAGCCCCCCUCCAUGGGCAGACUGGUCCAGAUCACAGGGCACAGAAUAGGCAUAGCACUGUUGCACACGGGCACAGGAUCCGCACGGCCACUCUCUGCCCACCCAACCCCUCCCUCCCUCCCUCCCUCCCUCCCACAGCGCACACAAGCAGGUGCCUCCCGACUCAACUUUUGGUCAGGAGCCGGGGCACGGCUUGCACGUUUCCUCCAGCCCCACCGUGGCCGGUGCAGGGAUAGCACUGCGGCCUUCAUGCACGUUCCUCAGCAAGGGUUUGUAUAUAGAAUCAACCAACUUAUUUUUAAUAAACUAUUUGCUUCUCAGAA